AUGAAUUUCUACCCCGCCCCGUCAAUCAUCCAAGCGGAGAUCUACGUCCAUAUCCCGGACUCGUUACGAUGCACCGGACAACCCACCGACUGGAAAGGUGGAUCGGUACUUCCUGCAUCGGAUAUUUUCCUUGAAGGUCCGACGUACCUGGAUGGGAACCUCUAUGUGACAGAUAUCCCAUACGGUCGGAUAUUGAAAAUAGAUUCGCAGAAGCAGGUAACAGAGUGUGUACGGUACGAUGGUGAACCCAACGGAAUUGCCGUGAGAGAGGAUGGGUGCAUGAUCAUUGCCGACUACAAGCAGGGCUUGCUUGUGUUCGACCCAUCAAAGGGAGAGAUAUCACAAUUCCUGACCCGCCGCAAUCUCGAACGCUUCAAAGGCCUCAACGAUCUGAUAGUGUCCUCUAAGGAGGAAGUUUAUUUCACCGACCAAGGCCAAACUGGCAUGACAGAUCCAACAGGCCGUGUAUAUCGGCUUUCUCCCGACGGGCGACUAGACUGUCUCGUGGACAACGGCGUCUCACCCAAUGGCAUUGCUCUUUCCCCAGAUGAACGGUUCCUCUACGUAGCCAUGACUCGGUCCAACUCGGUCUGGCGACUUCCUCUCAAUGCAGACGGGAGUACGACUAAAGCGGGGCUAUUUUUUCAAUCCUUUGGCUGUGCUGGCCCUGACGGGUUGGCGUUUGAUGAAGAGGGCAGUUUGUUUAUCUGUCACCCUAGUCUUGGGUCUGUGUUUGUCGUUGAUGCGGACGGAGUUCCUAAGGCGAGGAUUGUUUCUGCGGUCGGGGGAGGAAAGAACUUAACGAAUUGUACUUUUGGUGGUGAGGAUGGGAAGACGAUCUUUAUUACUGAUAGUAUUCAGGGAAAUGUUCAGGCUGUGAGGUGGCACUGUCGGGGUACUGUGAAAGCAAAAUAG